AUGCCCCUGGGAAACGUCGUAUUCCGAACCGCCAUUUCCGGCGUGAGUGAUGACGGCGGCGGCGGCGGCGGCGAUGGGAGAGGGUGUGGCUCCGUCGCAAUCUCCCUACGUCUCCGAGCCCCUACCCGCUGCCCCAUCCCUCCAAACCCAAACCCAAUCCCCCGCUCCCGGAACCCCAAUCCUGGAAGAGGCGUCGGCGGAUGCGGCUAUGAAGAAGAGGAAGAUGCAGAAGGUGGCGGCGCUAGCUCUUGCCCAAAGCCCUACCUUCGAGGAGGAGGAAGAGCAGGGUGAGGAGGCCGUGCUGGCGGCGGCUACGGCGAGGAAGAAGCACAAGGAGCACAGCUCAUCUCCUUCUCUGUCCGCUGCUGCGGCUGCGGAAACCCCACCAAUGGAGCAGAAGACGAAGCGGGGUAAGGAGGAGGAGCCAUCCGGCCACUCGCCAUUGCCACUUGGCCCCGGGCAGGCUCAAUCACAAGGAACAAAGGCUCCUCAUGCCUCCAAGCCUUUACCGGCUGCCACAUUCCUUGAAGCCCUGGCUCAAUCCCCCGCUCCAGGAACCCCAAUGUUGGAAGAGGCGGCCGCGUCGGUGAUGGGGAAGAGGAACAUUUGUAAGGAGCACAAGGUGCCGGAGCUCUCUCUUGCCCAAAUUACUACCUUGGAGGAGCCGAGGGAUGGCACCACGGCGGCGAAGAUGAAAGAGUCCAAGCACAUAAAGCACACACUGUCAUCUCCUUCUACAUCCAUUGCUGCCGAAACCACAAUUUGGGAGGUGACCAAGAAUCAGAAGCACAGUAAGGACCAGGAGCAAUCCAGCUACUCGUUAUUGCCACUUGACCCCGGGCAGACUCAACCACAAGGAUCAAAUGCUCCCCAUGCCCCCAAGCCUCUAUCCGCUGCCCCAUUCCGUGAAUCCCCAGCUCAAUCCCCCACUCCGGGAACCCCAAUGUUGAAAGAGGCGGCUGCAGCGAUGAUGACGAAGAGGAAGAUUUGUAAAGAGCAGAAGGUGCCGGACCUGUAUCUUGCCCAAAAUACUAGCUUGGAGGAGCAGAGGGAGGAUGCCAUGGAGGCGAAGAUGAAAAAGGAGUCCAAGAACAUGGAGCACACGCUGUCAUCUUGUUCUACAUCCGUUGCUGCCGAAAACACAAUUUGGAAGCAGGAGUUGAAGGUGACCAAGAAACAGAAGCAGAGGAAGCAGCAGGAGCCAUCUAGCAAGUCACCAUUGCAACUUGAUCCUGGCCAUACUCACUGUGUCCGAUCACAAGGAGGCAAAGCUCCACCGGAACAAGAGCGAGAGGCUGGUGUGCGAAUCCGUAGUAGUAUUAAAAUAAACAAUGGAAAAAGGCCCCGUGUCCUCAGCAAGCGUGAGCUCAUCAAGGAGGCAAGCAAGAAGAAACCGGUGCUGCCUGAAGGCUUUGUGCCAUUCACCGAUUUUGCUAGCAGUUGCACCGAGCAGAACCCUGAUCAUUCAUCGGCUUACAGUGCAUUCUUUGACCAGUUCCGCUAUAACCCUGUCCGUGAAGAUCACAAACCCCCACUUCUUAGAACCCCUGAUCGUGUAGCCAGGCUGCCAUCUCGGGGUCACUCAUCAUUGGAGUCGUCUCCACUUACUGCAAAUGAGACCUCCUGGGCUGCCAAGUUCAACACCUCUGUAGCAUCCAAGAGAAAGCAUCUAGAUUCGGGCUCAGACUCACAAGAGAAACUAAAUGUAGUAGUAAAGGAGAACCCUCAGAAGAAGAAGAGGGAGAAGAAGCCAAGGGAACCAUCAGGCAAUUCGCUUCCAUUUGACCCCAGCCAGACUUGCUGCAUUCAACUACACAAAGUUCCACCAGAACAGUACCAAGGAGCUGAUGCCCCAAAGGUUGACAAUAUUAAAAAUGGUAAAAGCAAGAAGGGCCAUGUCUGCGCUCCCAGCAAACGCAAGCUUUUCAAGGAGAUGAGCAAGGAGCAGGUGCUACCUGAAGGCCUUUUGGCACCUAGUGACUUCGUUUCCAAUUGUACUGAGCAGAACCCAAUUUAUACAUCGCGUUCUGCCGCAUCCCUUUAUCAGUUCUGCUACGGACCUGCCUGUCAAGAUCGCAAUCCCCAACCUCCUGGAACCACUGAUCGUAUAUCCAUGCUGCCACCUCGGGGCUACCCAUCAUUUGAGUUGUGUGAGCUCUUUGCGAAUGGAACCUCCAAGGCUAAUAAUUCUCUAGUUCGAAAGUUAAAGAAGAAAGAUUCAGGUUCAGGCUCCUCCUAUGGCUCACAGGAGAAACUCUAUGCAAAAGAAAAGAAAAACCCUGAGAAGAAGAUGGGGACCACGAAGCAAAGAGAACCACCACCGUUGCUUACCCCUGCUGAGAAGUGCUCAGACAAAUAUAGGCGUGUUUCCCUGGACCAGCUGGUACCACCGCCGCGCUCUCCGCACAAUCUUUUGCAGGAGGAGUACGCUUCUGAUCCAUGGAAGGUUAUUGUCAUCUGCAUGCUCCUCAACUUAACACAUGGUAAACAGGUCAAGAAUAUUAUUGAGGGGUUCUUCGAAUGCUAUCCUGAUGCUCAGUCUGCAGUUAACGCUGAUCCUGAGAAGAUGGUAGGGUAUCUUGCAUAUCUAGGGUUGCAGCGUGUUAAAACAACUAGAAUCCAGAAAUUCUCCAAGGAGUAUGUUGAAAAAGAAUGGACCUAUAUUACUGAGCUCUGUGGUGUUGGCAAGUAUGCUGCUGAUGCUUAUGCAAUAUUUUGUGCGGGUAGGGCAACGGAGGUGGUGCCUAAAGAUCACAAGUUAGUUGAUUACUGGAAGUACGUCUGCUUUGAGCUGUCCAUGAUGCAGGAAUCGCAAAACGUGUAGAAAGCUGCAGUGACCGAGCAGGAAUUGGCUGUGAUCUGCUAAAAUGGGAAGUUGGGCUGUAGGAUUAUUAGUUAGCGCUGCUGCUAUCUAUGAGGGCAAACCUUUUGUGUGUGAUCACUGAAAGCUUAGGCUGUGAAUCAUCUUAUUUUU